GUUCAAAUUAGAGAAUGCUGGUGGACUGUGCAACAUGUAUUGGUGUCUUCAAAACCCACAUGGGUCAUCGGUGGAGGUUCAGCAAGCCCUUGGAAUUUCCUUGCACAAUAUUGCUUCCCUCCGCGUAUUACAACGUGUGCCCUUGCAGAGCUAUUCAAGCAAAUUAUUAUCUACAUCUUAUCAAGUUCAAUUUUUGAAGUUCAUCCUCGCACCAACAUUUGCUCGCCUAAAAUACUAAUUCCACUUUAAUUAAUGGAAGCAAUAAUAUAGAUAGAAGUAAAAUAAUUCAAACUCAUUUCA